AUGAUAGUCUGGCAAGUGGAAUUACUACCAGAGAACACAGGUAUAGGUAGCCCUAUUAGUCUCACAAUUAUAUGUCAAGCUUAUUCAUAUAGCUUCGAAAUCAACAAACUAACAAGCUGGACGAUACCACUGAAGCGUUGCCUUAGUGUCUCAUACCUGGGAACUUCAAACUUCGGAAUGCCUGACACUACUCCUGCACAGGCCAUGCCAACUGUCAGUGCGACAGGAACACCUGCUGUUCAACAACAACAAGCUCAACCGAACAAAUGGGGGAUGUUGAAGGCAUUUGCUUUCCGUCUGCUCACAGCAUACUUUGUCCUCAACUUGUUUCGUCGUCCAUCACCUAACCAAAUGGAUCCGAGCAAAACAGUUAUCCCAGCUACAAAUCUUUAUCAGUCGGGUUCUAUGAUGGAUUUAUUUGUCUAUUUAAGUGAAGAUCCAACAUUUCAUUCCUUUAAUAACUCGAAUGCUUUAUUUUGGUAUGAACCCAAUAUUACGUAUGGGGAUUGGAAUGGCGGGCCAGGCGGAGAUGGUUCAUAUUCAAAGAUCAGUGAAAUUCAAUGCAGUCAGUUUCCCAACCUUAUGUCCAAUGGUUCAUUGUAUAUACAUGUAUAUUUUGUUAAACCUGGUUUCUCACCAGAUCCGAAUACGGGCAAUAACUAUUCACUGAAGUAUACUGUAUAUAAAUCGAAAAUGUUGACGCGUUACAAACGUCGUCGUUUAUCCCGUACCACAAAUCUGAUCACAGGUCAUACUGAUUCCCAUCCAGAUUUGGUAGCUGAUUCUUCGACACCAUCUGAUGUACAAUAUUUACCUCCAAUCACUCAUUGGCAUCCAAAUUUAACUAUUAACUUAGUCGAUGACCAUUCUCCAUGGGUAAAAGGUUCUGUUCCAGUUCCUUUAGAUCAAUUUAUCGAGUUCUAUUCACCGACCAAUGAAUAUUAUCCUGUUGUUUAUCUGAAUGAUUAUUGGAAUUUAAAUGAAGAUUAUAAACCAGUGAAUGAAACUACGCCAAUACUACCAAUUCAUAUUACUUUAGCACCUUUAUCUCUAUUUAAAUGGCAGUUGUACGCUGCACAGACAGCUAAGAAAACUUGGUUCAACCAGUUGAUGGCCACUUCUAUGUUACCAUCAGAAAACGAAAAUGAUGAGGAACAAGAUACAAUAAAGAAAGCACUGAUCGAAACAAAUCCUUUGCUUUUAGCUGUAACAGUUGUCGUAUCGAUUGUCCAUAGCGUUUUUGAAUUGUUAGCAUUUAAAAAUGAUAUACAGUUUUGGAAAACAAGAGAAUCACUGGAAGGUCUCUCAGUUCGCUCUGUGUUUUUCAAUGUCUUCCAGUCAUUCAUUGUUGUGCUGUACGUACUUGAUAACGAUACCAAUUUUGUUAUAAAACUAUCAGUUGUUUUUGGACUGCUAAUUGAGAUCUGGAAAAUCAAGAAAGUCCUUUCUUUCAGAUUGGAUUAUGAUUCGUUGGUAUUCAAUGUAUUUCCACGUAUUCAUGUAGAUUACCAAUCAUCAUAUGUAGAAAGUGAUACGAAAAAAUAUGAUCAGAUGGCUUUCCGAUAUUUAUCGUGGAUUUUAUUCCCAUUGUUAGCAGCUUAUUGUGGAUAUUCAUUAAUAUAUGAAGAGCAUCGUGGUUGGUAUUCGUGGAUACUUUCUGUCUCUUACGGUUUCCUGUUGACAUUCGGUUUCAUCAUGAUGACCCCACAAUUGUUUAUCAAUUAUAAAUGA